CCUACCGUCGCGUUGUGACGUACCGUCGACGCCUGAUUACACGUCAUUUCCGCCCGGCCCGGCCAGAAAGGGAAGGGAAGAUGGCGGCGCAUUGUGAGGUUCAGGACAUUCCUUGCAGCAGUGGAGAGCCUGCAAUUUCAGCAGCAGCGAAGCGGGAGGAAAGACUGAAGAGAUUCAGAGAUCUGCAUCUUAAGCGGAAUGAAUCUCGGAAAUUGAAUCAUCAGGCUGUGGCAGAGGAGGACAGAAUCCUGAAACUACCAGCUAACUGGGAGUCUAAAAAAGCACGAUUGGAGUGGGAGCUAAAAGUGGAAGAGAAAAAAAAAGAGUGUCUGGAGAAGGGAGAAGACUAUGAACGAGUUAAGCUAUUGGAAAUAAGUGCUGAUGAUGCAGAGCGAUGGGAAAGGAAGAAAAAAAAGAAAAAUUCAGAUCCAGGAUUUUCAGACUUUGCAGCUGCUCAGUUCCGCCAGUAUCAGAGAUUAGUGAAGCAGAUUAAACCAGACUUGGAGGAAUAUGACAAGCAGAAGGAUGAUGCUGGGGAGGAGUUCUACGCAACUGCAAACAGUCUAAUACACGGCACUCAUAUUCCAUCCAAAGCAGGUGUGGACAGGCUGGUGGCAGAUGUUGAAAAACAAAUUGAGAAGCGUGCCAAAUACAGCAGACGUCGCCGUUACAAUGAUGAUGCUGACAUUGACUAUAUCAACGAGAGGAAUGCCAAUUUUAACAAGAAGGCAGAACGCUUCUAUGGAAAAUACACUGCAGAGAUCAAGCAGAAUUUGGAGAGAGGAACUGCUGUCUGACAUCUUUUUCUAAAAGAUUCAAAUCGCUUACGCUCUCAAGCUAUGUAGAGAUUAUGAUAAUGUUUUUAUGCUAGACUGGUGUACAAAUUCAACCUUUUUACUAAUGUUGCAAAAUAUUUGAUGUGAUGAACAUCUCUCAUGAUCUCUAACAGAGAAUCUAUAUUCAUAUCAUUUACUGGAAUAUGUUUUGCUGAUGACUGCUAAGGUUUAUAAAGUGUCGUCCCUGGAUUAUAUCUCCAUGCCGUGUUUUUUUUGGUCACUUGUGCUUUGGAUUAUCAAACAAUUAAUAUUGUUUGGCUUUUGUUAUAUAUUCAUUAUUCAAAAGGAAGUUUGGUAUAAUGUGCAAGAUGAUUUCGUGACUGUCUGACGACCAUUUCUUGUUUCUCAUGAAGAUUGAAGAUAUAUUGUUGAGUAAAGCUUGCUUUUAUCAGUCAUGAAACUAUUUUAGUUCCAAACUUUUACAAAAUAUACAUGAUUAUAAAUGUAUAGUUUUUGUAAAUAUAUUCAGAAAACAAUUGUCACUGGACACCAAUCUCUGCUGUUGAAAGUUACUUUUCUGUAAAAUUUAUUCUAUGUAAAUAUCCUUGUAAUAGUGUAUAAUAAAUUGUAUAGAUUUAAAAAAGCUUCCCUUAAAUUUGAUUUAUGUUCUUAAGAUAGUUUCAAAUUUUGAAAGGGAUUGAAAUAAAUUUCCAAUAUAGAGUUCUUUGGAAAAGAUUUUUUUAAUGCCUGUGCAAGGACUGACCACUCUAAUUACCCUUGAAAUGCCAAUGGUGAGCUGUCACUGCCAUCUGUGUAGGAUGGGUAUGCCCACAGUGCUCUGAAGAAGUGUUCCAAGAUUUUGAUCUGGUGACCGUGAAUGAGCUGCAACAUAAUUCCAAGUAAGGGCAAUGUUGUAACUGUAAUGACGUCCAUGUAGCUUUUGUUGUCCCUUUUUAGGACUUUACCUAAAAUGCAAACUCUUCAAAACUGCACAGCAACAAAAUUAUGUUUUGACAAACAUCAAUUAUCUAUUCAGAAUAAAAAAUCAAUAGGAAAUUGACAUAAACAUUAAAGAAUGCUUUUUGGUUUUAUGUUUUUGAGUUAGUAAUCAGCAAAAUUAUUUAUUAAUUCUAAAUUUGUAUAUUAAGAUCAUAAUUAAAGAAUAAAGUUUCAUUUUCCCAGCACAUACAUUCAGGUCAUAGAAAAAUAAUUUAUUGUUUUCAGCUCUGCUAAAACUAUUAAUAUCGCAGUGGUAAAACAAUCCUUGAAUCCAAAUGUUUAUCGGUUGUAUGUAGAUGUAUGACCCAAAAAGGUUUAAAGUUGUAGUGCUUAUUUUUUUCAGCACCAAUAAAAUUUACCAAAAUUAUGUAAUGUUACUUAA